UGUUGAUGUCAUUCUACUGGGAUCCUUCGUACCUCAUUUAAACUGAUAUCUGUCACUAGUCUUCCUGGUGAUUGGAGAUGAAAGGGUGGGCCCACUGAUAAGGUAGGGGGGUUAAAAGCAUUAUGGUGUGUGUUCACGUAUAUCCAUCUCAAAUUAAACCUCAGAGCACAUCGGGCAGCCUUGCAGAACUGGAUGCAGAAGAUAUCGCCGCAGUUUAUAUAGUCUACGAGAGGGAGAUUUCUUAUUGCCUUAGCUGAGUUGUUUUUGGAAAGAGUGCAAAAUGGGGGGCAACCUUGGGUGCCAUCGGUCCAUCCCUAAGGAUCCCUCAGAUCUAUGCCAAAAGAGCCGCAAAUACAGCGCAGCGUGCAACUUCAGCAACAUCCUGGUGAGUCAGGAGCGACUGAACAUUAACACUGCCACUGAGGAGGAGCUCAUGACUCUGCCGGGGGUGACAAGACAGGUGGCCCAGAAUAUAGUGGAGUACAGGGAAUAUAUUGGUGGCUUCAAAAAAGUAGAGGACUUGGCACUGGUGAGUGGGGUGGGAGCUGCCAAGCUGGAGCAGGUUAAGUUUGAAAUUUGUGUGAGCAGUAAGGGGGGUUCAUCCCAGCACUCCCCCAAUUCCUUGAGAAAGGACACAGAAUAUGGGCAGCAUCUGUCAGCUGCCAGGCUCAAUUUGAACACUGCUUCUGCUUCCCAGCUCAUGAACCUCAGGGGGCUGACCCAGGAGAUGGUGGAGGAUAUUGUUCAGUACCGCAGUCAGCAAGGUCCACUGAAGAGCAUCGAGGAUCUGGUAAAGGUUGACUCUAUUAGUCCAUCUUUUCUGGAUAAAAUCAGACAUCAGGUUUAUGUCCAGAGAUCGCGUCCUUCUUCCGCACAUACCAAUGGAGGGUUACAUUUUAUGGCAAAGCCUCACCCCAGCCCAACCUCCAUAAGCCUGCACAGUGAAGACUUGGAUUUUCCACCUGGGGGGCCCACCCAGUUCAUUUCAACUCGCCCACCUGUGGAGUUGUUUGGUGGUGAGAGGGAGGGCAAGCCUGUCCUUAGGGUGGCAACCUGGAAUCUGCAAAACUGUAGCCUGGACAAAGCCAACAAUCCAGGAGUGAGGGAAGUGGUGUGCAUGACCCUGCUAGAGAACAGCAUCAAGUUACUGGCUGUUCAGGAGCUGUCUGACAAAGAUGCACUGGAAAAGUUAUGCACAGAAUUAAAUCAACCAUCACUGCCCAACAUUCGUAAGUGGAAGGGGAUGCGGGGAUCGUGGAAGUGUAUUAUUUCUGAAAAGUCAUUAUGUGGUCCAAGUGAGAAAGAAGAAUAUUUUGGUUUCCUCUGGGAUGUCUCAGCUGGCAUAGAACUGAAAAAUGUUAAUUUAUCGGAGAAUAUGCAAACUAAUGGCAAUGGCAAGCACAUGUAUCUGCAGCCGUACAUUGCACAUUUUAAGGUCGGAACAUGUGACUUGACCUUAGUAAAUAUUCACUUGUCGCCUCCAACAGUGGAAACUGUGAAGCAUCAGAAUGACACUUACAAAUCAGCAGUGUUUGGCCAAGCACUGCAGGAGACCCUGAAAAAUGAGAGGGAUGUCAUCAUUUUGGGGUGUUUCAGUCUUCCAGCAGACUCCAGUGAGUUUGAUGUACUGAGAAAAGAAAAGUUUCACUGUCUACUUCCUCUCAACACCUUUACCAAUAUUAGCACAAAGAACCCACAAGGCAAUAAGUCCCUGGACAAUAUCUGGAUCAGUAAAAGUCUAAAAAAGAUUUUCACAGGAUACUCGUUAGUAGUAAGAGAAGGCCUUACAAAUCCCUGGAUCCCGGAUAACUGGUCCUGGGGAGGAGUGGCUUCAGAACACUGCCCCGUGUUAGCAGAAUUUUACAUGGAUAGAGACUGCAAUAAGAAGGAAAUGGCUACGAAGGCAAAUGGCAUGACAGUGGAACGCAAUGACACAAAACAUGAAAGAUGAAAGAAAAACAGAGCAGCCAUAUCAUUUCAGCUGGACAACCGGGUAAUAACCCUCGUGUCGACUGUGAACUUUAGAAAGGAAUUGCUAUGCCUUGCACAUCUUGCAUAUUAAUGUUUGGUUUUAAGUAUCCCACAAGCUCUCAUGCUAGAACUGGAUAUUCUAUAUCCAAUUGCAAUAGAACAGCUGCUGUCUUUAACUUGUUCCAGCCUCCUGCUGCCGCUUGGCUGCACACAGAUUUUUGAUAUGGAUGUACACUGUGCAAUAGAAAGAGAAAAAGCUCUUUAAACAUUUCAGUGAAACAAUACAAAUUUCUGGGAAACUAUUGUCUUUUUAUUUGUAAUGUUUUUGCUAAGCAAAUGCAAUAACAUAAGACCAUUAACACUGUAAUAUUUUUCCUUAAAAUUAAUUAAAUUACACAAAGUAAUGAAAGUA